UAGGUACGUAUUAUUUCGAUGGCACUCGACGCCGCUAUACGUUUUUCCCGUGAUUCGAAAGAAAAUCGCAGUCAUUACGCGGUAAAUCAUGAAUUCCUCGGGUCGGAUGUACUCGAGGAUUACAGUUUGGUUGUACUUAUUACGUGAUGUGUGUCUACUAAAGCUUCUUGUACAUGAAUGCCUGUCGAAUUCAAAAGGUAUACCCAUGGAAGGAUUAGUCUAUACAACUUAACUUCGGAGUUGAAUAAAGCUAUUCACAUCAUUUCGAAAUGGCACUAACGUUCACUCUAUAUUUCGAACUUCCUGAGACGUUAAGAAUAAUACAGCUCAUUUGGGUAACGGUUCAUUAUACGCAAUUCGUUGUGUAUCACGGCUUACACGCAAUUCAUCAUUAUGCUAUGGAUGUUUAUACAAUUUCUUAUUUUAUAUUAAAACUUAUAUUUAUAUUUUACUUAUUUUACAUUAGAUUUUUUUAUUAAUAGAUUCCAUAUACAAUACUGUUCUUGUUUUUUUAUCGAUAUUGAAUGCAUUUCACUUGACUUUUAUAUCCAUCGUAACACAUUCACUUCCUCUUCAGUUUUUAUAACAAAUAUGGAGUAUAAUAUUAACGUUCUUCUUAUAGCUUUUUUUUUUUUCAAUUACCAAAGAAGCUUCUCCUUUUAGACGUACACACUGUACCUUGGACAAUUCCAGACUUUCUCCAUAGGUUCGUAGUCGACGUAACCAACGAGUUCCUCGCCGAAAAGGGAAUUCGGUAUGCAAUAACAUCGAGUACAGGUAUAAUUGGAAUUGUGUAUGAUUAAUCGAUUGGCAGGUUAGUCGCCUGCGAAUCGGAGACAAGCUUGGCGGUUGCUCGUUAAUUAUUUCAACAGUUGAUGGAUCAUCCGGUCGUGGAUAGAGUUAGAUCGACUCGUAGUCGCAGCACCCGAUUGUUUUCAAGGCUUCAACCCGGGGGCCGAAUAAUCGAUCAAUUUUCCGCGGUUCCGUGCGGAAGCUCGCGAACCACGGAGUCGGUGGCUGGGUUAUUCUGACAAUUACUUGCUAUCGUACUUCCCGCCAAGAGAAUUCCGUCUUUCGCAUUAGCUGCUAUGCUAAUUGUAAUUACGUUAGUAACAAGUUUGCCGAUUACACAAGAUGACGUUCACCGAUCUAAUCAAACGGAGUCUCGUUGCGAGGGGCUCGUUGAAGUAGUGUUGUCGCCGCGCUAUCGGGACGACGAAGUGUUUCUCUAAGGGUACGUAGCACUGUUGAAUUCGAUUUGUAGCGAAACUACACUGAUCGAUUUUUAACGUUAACAAUUGGUAUACCGGGUUGUCCAUGACAAAUUGGAAACUUAACUCCGACCUCCUAUAGUGGGAGUCACAAGUAUUACGUAAGCACUAUUCAUUUUGUGCGUUGCACUGACACAGCUCGGGGUAUUAUACAGCGCGUUCGAUAACAAGAGCCGAUAUGGUCGUUCUACAUGAAAAAAUGAAUCGAAAAUACAGGGUAAAAUUCGUUCAUCCGUCGCUUUGUUUCCGAGGGAUUCAAUUUGAAAAAUUCGCGGGGGUACGCAUAGCUGUUGCUAUGAAUAUUAAUAACUCGUUAUUUCUAACUUGUGCUGGGCGUCCCGAUACGUUGAUUUCAUUGUUAUCUCAGUUUUGAAAUGAAGCUCUGUUAUUCGUCAAACAAUAAUUCAGAAAAUACUCGACGUUUGUUUGAGACGAUUCGUAAAUUCAAAUCGAUACAAAAGUAACAGAUGUAAUCGUGUGUUAUAAAAUUACUUGCACGUUACAGGACGAGGCACGUAAUGCCUCGAAUUUAGAAAAAAAAAAAAAUCUACAACAAUCAUAUUGCCACUUGUGCCACUAGUUAAAUGACACCUUGUAUUUUGAUAAGAAAAAAACCUGUUCGCGCUGACAUAAGUGCGUCAGCAUCUUCGGACGAUUGUACCGUUUCCAUUUCCUGGACACCGGGUAACUAGUGCACGGAUGGCUUGAAUGGGUACACGAGCUUGCGUUUAAAGAGGUUUUAAGCAAACCUUGUGCAGCGGAUCGGUUGGUUCUACAGUGCAUAGAAUACACUUCGAGUCUUGUUUUUCCCCUCGAAUCUUCGGUGCCGGCAGAGGCUUGCUCGCUAUUUGUAACCGUGUCACGGAGUGUCUGAAGAGGGGGAUGUUUGCCGUUUCCCUCUCGCACCCAUUCUACAUUUUAACGUCACAGAGAAUAUUUGACAUCGCUUGAACCUUUAUUUUUAUAUACGCUCCUUAAAUAAUUAAUACACUGUCCAGUCUUCCCCAUUAAUACUAUUCCAGUCUUCGUAUUAUAUUAUAUUAUAUUAUAUAGUCCAUUUUAUAUUCCAACCUCAAAGAGAAUAUCUGGUGUCUCGCGAACCUUUAUUUUCAUAUAUCCUCUUAAAAUAAUUACUUUCCGUUAUUAUCAUACCGUCUUAUAUUAUUUCAUCCUACCCUGUUAUCCCACAAGGUUCUAUCCUGCUCGAAGUUUUUCGUUUCACCCGACUUUCGGCGCGUCUUUAACAUCGUCCCGACGAAGAAACGCAUCCAUCGUUUUCACUUUUGCUUCUUUUCUCGUCUACCCGAUGUUUCGAUUAUUUUCUCUCUCCUAAGCAUUCCUGCUCCACCCGGCGUCACUUUUUGUCCCCAACCACGUUCUCUCCGUUCUUUAAUCUACACCUAUUUUCAUCGUCUCGUACUACCUCCAUCCAUCCCCCUUGUAUCGGUACUAUCUCUCCUCAUUUUUCUUUCCUCGCUCCACGGUCUCCUUUGAUCUUUGUUCCUCCGUCGUUCGUUCUCCCUCUAAUUCACGCGCUUAUCCUCGACACUCUCGCGCACCCCUUCUUUCCAUCCCUUCUUUCCCCGAGCAGCAAAUACUACGGGUACACCAUCUUCCUUCAUCCCUCGCGUUUCAUCCCUCCCCGACAUCCCGACUCUGUCUUUUUCCGCGUCUAACCCUUUUUCCCAGUUCCCCCUCGUCCGGUCUCUCCUUCCGACCGACGGCUCAGGCUCCGACAGCAUCUCUCGCUCUUUCAGCCUCUUACCUUUCGCCCUCGUCGCUCUCCGCGUACGUCUCUGUCCAACCAGCGCCCUCUUUCACGCGUCCCAUCGGGUUCACGGCGUCUCUGUCGGACGCGCUGUUGUGUCGCGCGGACUGGUCCUGCGCGAUGGGGAUGCUGCGAGAUAAUCGUUCCCCCUUCGGCCCCGCGAGCAACCGACCCUUUUCGGUUUCCCCCGCGCCGAGGAAAGCAGCAGUAAGAGCCAGGCCGCCGCCAUAGCCGCUCCCCGGGCAACGAAGGUGGAGAAACCGGCGUAGAGUUCUCUUUUUCUUUUUUCCUUUCUCUCUCUUUCCAUCUUUCUCCUGGGUUGAUACGCGACGAUACGCGCGACGUCGCCGUCGUGGACACCGACGCGCACCACCGUCUCGAGGCCAGCCCGGUCGUCGCGGCGCCUACAUCGCGGCCUCAGGGACCCGGGGACGAGGAUCCGCCGGCGGAUCAUGUGACGCGUAACCGAGAACACGCUUCCCUUCCGUCGACGUGCUCGAUGACAGCGUGCGGACGGUGCUGCUGACGACGUCGCUCUCCGAACGUCUUCGAUUCGCCGCAUGAACGCGGAAUACCGCUGGUGCGGGCUGAUAUGCUGGUGCGCUAACCUCGAUUCGCCACGGCUACGAGACUCGAGAACUUGUGGAUCAACGUGUCGCGACGCACCGCCGAGAGGAACUCGUGGCCGACCUGGAAGAACGGCGUCGUCCCAGGUGCUCCGAUGAUUAGAGAUAUCGCGCGUGCUGGAAACGGACAGACAACGGCGUCGGUCCCGCGACGAGGCUGGUGAAUGCGAUACCGGUUGUUACGAACGAGCCGCGGGUUCGAAUUUCUCGAUAACAAGCGACGAGCAUCGACCGAUGCCACCGCACAACGAUGACGAUCAUUUAUCACUGCCGAUUAUAAGUGACGGGCGAACGUUGUCCACGUGAGACGACUUGGAACGCGUACGCGAUGAAACCAGGCCGAACGCCUCGAUAAGCGACCUGAUUUCUGGCCCCCGAAUUCCCGUCGUCGGGAAACGACUAUCUUGGGUUAGGUACGGCGUAACGAGGCGAGGAAUACUGGAGAAGAUCGGCGAUAGGUUGUUGAAAUAAAAGGAUAUCGAAACGGCAAAGAAUACCGAUGACGUGUACACGUGUUGCUUGAGUGUGUGACAGCCGUCCGUGUGUCGUGAUCGCUUUGCGUCGCAACGAACCGCUUCGAACAGUUUUCACGAGAAAUUACACCACGUUGUGCAACGUGCUAUUUUUCAAAGGUGUUACCAAGUAAUCAUGGAUGUUCUCGGUGUUUUCGUCGUUUCGUGUAACGUAUUUCCCGGUGCACGGGACGAUUCUAGCCUGACUUUUCACGAUUGAGAAAUAAAAGAUACCAAUUGGAGUCCCCUCCGAUGCGACGGAUCCAAUCAACGGUGCGAUUGCUUGCUAUUAUCGACGAGGCGUAGGAAGAACGACAGCAGAAACGCGCACGAUUGCUCCCCGAACUGCCUUUUUGUAUCGCAACACCUUCUCCGUCGACGGUGCCACGUACCACGAAUUCCACCGAGUGGCAUAACGUGACGCAACACGAUUACCAAGUGUCUUCUGCGUAUCAGGCGUAAUCAUCGACAUCGAACGAGCCCUUUUAUUAAGAACGACGAGAAUCGAAUACUCAGUAAAUCUUUCGCUUAUGUUUGCCAGAAGUUUCGAUACUGCGAAAUCCUACAGAAUCCGUUCCUGACGAAAGAACCAGGCCACGCGAGUUUCCCGAACAAUCGACGUUAAAGACGCUCUUCCCCAGAGAAGCACGAGUGCCGAGGCUCGAUCGAAACUCCUCGGAGUCUGGACUCCGGGUGCGAAAAUCGAGUUCUGUGUACGUGGUGUCGUCGGCUCCGCGCUGUAGGUGUCAACAUUCCGACCUAACCCGUUCGUUCCCGUUGUGCCGACCGUCGGAUGGUCCUCGAUGAGUUCGAUUCAAGGGUAACUCAACUUGUUGCGAGAGAAUACACGUAUGAAGCGUACCAAAGUGUGUUCUGCCGUCACUCGCGGACUGACGGGAGGUGGGAGGGUGGUGGGCAUCUCGGUAAAGCUUCCAUGUGAAUGUGAGGCGUGUAUCGCUGACGUAGCGAGUCGAAAGGCGAUACACCUUCGCCGUGGUAGUGGUGUACCGUGACCAGGUAUUCGUUUUUUGUUGGAUUGUCCGUCGAUCCUCGCGGCGAUCGAUCGAUAACGCAAGCCUUCGGUUCUUUCGUUCGAUUUCGCGACGCUGCAUCGACGGCGCUGGCACCUUCGCUUCUCUGCGAUUUGGCUAGCAUCAGACGAGAGGAGCCGACGUGCGGGAACAUCGGUGUUGGUGUCGCGACACGAUACGUCGAUCAAAGGGCAGGUGGCCGUUGCUACUGUUAUCGACGAGGUGAACAACAAGGAGGAGCCCCAAGUGCAUCGCCUCGACCAGUUGAAGGAGGAGUAGGUGAACACGUGAGACGAGUGUCGUAGCUGGGUGACACUUGUUGCACGGUCGGUUGUCUCUCGAAGGCUACCCACAGGAAGUGUUCCGUCAACGCAAAGGGAUUAGUCAACGUCCAAGGAAAAGGGAGCAACGCGUUCGUGCCGUGAAUUUCGGUUCGUUCCGCGUUCUUCGGCGUACUGGUGAAAUGCCGCUCGUACGUCCUUCCGUCGUUGCUCGCCGGAUGUGUGUCAGUGCUUCCGCGUCGAGGAUCGUCCGUUAGUAGGAUGCAAAUUAGGCGUUGAUCCUGUGAUGCUGAUCGUGUCGCGUUGGCCAGGGAUUACCGUGCUCGUGUCGCGUCGCUCUGCCAAGUAUCCGUAAAAUCUGAUUCGAUUCUUGUCGCGCGCGAUACAAGAAAUCGAAAUCGUGGCGAUCAUAGAACAUGGGCGUCGCAGUGUGCUCGGAUCAGUGACAUCGGUCGCGGUUCUGUGCCCGUGGCUAUCCCUGGAUCUCCCAGCCGGAAGACUAUCGUUGGUGGGACGGAUAUUCUCGCGUGGUGGAUAUCCUCGGUCGCGUGGACGAGCGACUUCGGUAGAGACAGGAAGUAGAAAAGACCGGAAGGCUGGAUCACCUUCGUGGAAUGUCUUCGAGCGCCAAGCGGCUGGUGCAGUCGCUUAGGGGCCGCAGCGGUGGUGCCAGGGGCAACAGUGGUGGCCGAGGAGAUACUGGCGGUGGGGAAGGCAGUGGCGGCGGCGGCGGUGGUGCCAGCACCAGUGCGACGAGGUUAUGGCAUUAUGACAGCGGCCAUGAGCUAGACGAGAUUUCGGUGAUUGGUGCUACUACCAGGGGCAGCGAGGGUCUACCUACGCCCACGACACCCUGCCACUGUGGUGGCAUCAAGUAUGGCAGCGGUCAGACGCUAUACAGUAUCACCGGCCUGGUGCCACCCGCGCCUGCUACAUCUGCGCACGGAGCCCACUCGGGUAUCAUCACAUCGGUCGGUGGCGACGGUGUGAGAGAUCGGUUCAGCGGUGGCUCCAUUUCCGCUCUCAGUUACGGAGGCGAGAAGCUUCGCGAUGACAAGCAUGGGAGGACUGGCGACAUCAAGCCAGGAAUUAGAAGGGAAAGGGAUGAGGACACGAAAAGCGCGGACAACGUGUCCAGGAGCGCUUUGCCCUCCAGGCAGAGUCUCUUGGAAUUAGUCAGCGGUAAAUACAUGAAUCGCCACACGCCCACCCAUCAUUAUUAUCAUCAGCAACAGCAGGUGUACUCUGUGUCGCAGCGAUACUUUAGCUCGUCCCGCGACUCUCUUCAGGGGGCUUACGUGAAUCGCGGGGCGAGCGAGCUCGACCUGAGCCGCAAGCCGAAGAGGAGGGACCACCUUAGAGGAAGAUUCAAGCUGCCCUACACGGUUACUCUAACACCGUCGCGCGACCAGUCGCAUCUCCACACACCGGCGUCCGCCAACCACCUCAGCAACACCAGCUGCAACGGCACCGAGACUAGAUACACCGUGCAGCAGCAACAACAACAACGCGGUAGCAGAGGUUACCCUGGACAACCGGGAUCAAAAGGUUUUCGAACGGGCGCCCCUAACUGGUCCUUCAUCUUUGAUCCCGCAGGACGACUAUGCUACUAUUGGUCCAUGGUGGUGUCCCUCGCCUUUCUGUACAACUUCUGGGUCAUCAUCUAUAGGUUCGCCUUCCAAGAAAUAAACGGUGAAACACGCUGGGUGUGGUUCUGCUUGGAUUACUUCUCCGAUUUUUUAUAUGUGCUGGACAUAGUAUUUCACAUACGAACGGGAUAUCUGGAGGACGGCGUGUUGCAAACCGAUGCGACGAAGCUGAGGAACCAUUACACGAACAGCACCACGUUUUACAUGGACAUCCUGUGCCUGCUGCCCCUCGACUUUUUAUACUUAUCUAUAGGAUUCAAUAGUAUACUGCGAAGUUUUAGACUUGUAAAAAUAUAUCGGUUCUGGGCGUUCAUGGACAGAACCGAGCGACACACGAACUAUCCGAAUUUAUUCCGCUCCACAUCCUUGAUACAUUAUCUACUGGUGAUCUUUCACUGGAACGGGUGCCUCUAUCACAUUAUUUAUAAGAACAACGGCUUCGGCAGUAAAAACUGGGUGUUCAGCGACUCCGAGACGGCGGACGUCGUGAAACAAUAUCUGCAGAGCUACUAUUGGUGCACGCUGGCCCUCACGACCAUCGGUGAUCUACCCAGACCGAGGAGCAAAGGCGAAUAUUUGUUCGUGAUAGCUCAGCUGCUGUUUGGUCUGCUGCUGUUCGCCACCGUACUGGGCCACGUGGCCAACAUCGUUACUUCCGUCAGCGCUGCCAGGAAAGAGUUUCAAGCGAAAUUGGAUGGCGUGAAGACAUACAUGAGAAUGAGAAGAGUGCCGAAGCAUCUGCAAGUGAAGGUGAUCAAGUGGUUCGACUACCUGUGGUUAACGCAAAAAUGUUCGGACGAGGAGAAGGCUGUCAGCUGUCUUCCCGACAAAUUAAAAGCUGAAAUCGCGAUAAACGUGCACCUGGACACGUUGAGGAGGGUCGAGAUUUUUCAGAACACGGAGGCUGGCUUCCUGUGCGAGCUCGUGCUAAGACUGCGGCCCGUUCUCUUCUCACCUGGCGACUACAUUUGUCGCAAAGGUGAGGUAGGAAAGGAAAUGUACAUAGUGAACAGAGGCCGACUGCAAGUUGUGGCUGACAACGGGAAGACAGUCCUCGCUACCCUUAAGGCGGGUUCCUACUUCGGGGAGAUCAGCAUACUCAAUAUGGGGACUGCAGGUAAAGAGUGCGGUAACCGACGAACAGCCAGCGUGCGCUCGGUGGGCUACUCGGACCUGUUCGUGCUCAGCAAGAAGGACAUGUGGGACGUGCUGAAGGAAUAUCCUGCGGCCAGGAUCCGCCUCGAGGCCAUCGCGGUGAAAAGACUGGAAAAGUACAAACGGGCACCGCUCGAGAAAGCGGCAAUGGGACGAUGCCAGAGCACGCCAGGACUCGUCGAGUCGAAAGGACGCAUAUCGCUGGAGGAUAUGUGGGUGUCACCCGUAGACACAAAAUCUACCCACGCGUACUCGACAGGGCACUCGUUGUUCUCCCCCAGUCCGAGUCCGGUGAUACUGCGCGGCUUAGCCAACACUGGUAGCAACGUCAACACGAACAACGUCGCGAGGAGCAUGGAUAGUCCGAUGAGCGCCACGAGCAGCGGCCACAGCAGCGAGGAUCAAACCGCCAGGGCACCGCACUCCGCUGCUACGCAAACCUCCACUGCCAGACAGUCCACCCAGUCCGGUAUGACCUGUAACAGUAUGACACAAUUAGUCAGCGAAGGUGCGACGCCACUGUUGGAUACCCACGAAGCAUUGCUGGCAGAGAUUAAACGUCUUCGCGAACGGUUGGUUUGCCUGGAAACUGAAAACGCGACAAUGAGCGUCAAAUUGAAUCAACAGCAAUGGGAAGUGGAGCACCGAUUAGCGGAAAUUGAGAUGCAGAUCUGCGGUGCCAGCUCGACCUCGAGCGUGGAGGACAAUAACGAGAGAAAUCGAGAAAGUAUCAUUUAA